GGGGCAGCACUGAGCGCCAGCAGCUUCACUGCUCGACGCGAGAGAACGGUCGCUGGAAUAGUGCUGUUGAAAAUGUUACGUUUGCGGUCACCAGAAACGGCGAAAUAAUGUCGUUGCUGGAGUCUGAGGUUGUCUCUGUUCUGGAGACACUCGUGAAGACAACGGUAAAUGAGCUGGCGAAAGUCCUGGGCUCACCAGGGGGUCCUCCACAAACUAACCGUACAGCUGACAAGUCUGUCACCCUGGACUUCACAACACAGCUGAACUCUGUGUUAGAACGCAAUGCAAAGGAAGCUGUGAAGAAAAUACGCCAGCUCUUCUCUGCGCUUCUGCACAAAGAAAUGAUUCCAAGCGCACAUGUUGACUUGAAAACAAGACAGCAGGAGACUGAUCGAGCUGACAGCGGUGCUCAAGGACGUCAGUCCACUGACCAGCGUACUGUAGUCUCUGCGGAGAAAAUCGCCAUCGUUGUGCACUGUGGACCGGAGGAGCUCAUAGACACGGGCCGUGUGAAAACACCUACUAAAACACAGAAGACGGCACCAGAUUGUUCAGAAAACAGCAACCAUUCUCAGUAUGUGGUGUUGCAGAACAAUGAUGUAGCAGACAUCAGCUGCUCAGGACUGCAAGGCACAAAAAAAUCCUCUGUGACUCAGAAUGGCACAAAAGCAUCUAGAAGUUUGAGUGUGUCGAAAAGCAGAGGUGCGCGGGUGAGCCGCCAGAAGAAAGGAAAAACCCUCAGCUGCAAACAGUGUAGAAGGAAAUUUGACUCUGUUGUUCUUUUGAGAGCUCAUCAGGUGGUUCAUGUGGCGGCACACAAACCCUUUAGCUGCUCGCAGUGUGGUCGGCGUUUCGGAAGCAAAGGCAGUUUAGAUGUACACUACCAGCUUCACACUGACAAGAGCCCUUAUGUUUGCAAUGAAUGCGGCAAGGCCUUCACCGAACACAAACAGCUGAAGGCUCACCAGAGGAUUCAUAACGAAGACAAGACCUUCACGUGUCAAGUCUGUGGGAAGUCUUUUCAUCAAGCCUACUGCCUCAGGAAGCAUCUGGUGGUGCAUUCGGGAGAGAAGCUGCAUAAAUGCGACGUAUGUGAGAAGACCUUCAACUUCCGCAACAACCUACUCCGCCACAAGAGGAUCCACACGGGCGAGAAGCCGUUCACCUGCCAGACGUGCGGCCGGAGCUUCAACCAGCUGGAUUCUCUGAAGGCGCACCGCCUGACUCACACCGGCGAGAAACCGCACAAGUGCAAAUUGUGCAAUCAGGGCUUCAUCCAGAAGUUUCUGCUUCGGCUGCAUGAGGGAAAGUACACGGGACAAAACGGGCACCACUGUUGCGUAUGCGGGAUAGUCGUGAGUUGCUUAAAUGCGCUGAAAAUGCACCUGCCGGAUCACGAGGGACAGCUGCCCGUCAGUUGCGCGGUGUGCGGCGAGACCCUCGGCUCCAUCAACACCUUGAAAUCUCACCAGCACAAGCACUCUGUGACCAACAAACACAGCUGCUGUUUGUGCGGAAAGACCUUUCAGAGCGUGGCCGGUGUGAAAACGCACGAAAGGGUCCAUACGGGAGAGAAGCCCUUUGUUUGCUCGGUGUGCGGGAAGACGUUUCGGCAGCAGAACUGCCUCAAGGCUCACCAGUCCUCACACAGCGGUGAAAGACCUUUUAGGUGUGGCACGUGUGAGAAAGGUUUUUCCACUUUGGGAAAUCUCCGUCGACAUCAGCGCAUACACACCGGAGAAAAGCCGUUUAAAUGCGUCGUAUGCGGGCGGGAAUUUAACCAGUCGAAUUCGCUCAAAGCUCACAUGCAUACUCAUACGGGAGAGAAGCAAUAUGUGUGUGACAAGUGUGGGAAGAGUUUCGCUUACCUACGAAAUCUGAGGUGCCAUAAAUGUGUGUGAAUUUAAAGGGAUCAUUCGCCUGAAAAAGAAAAUUCUGCCGUGGUGAUGUAAAUACCAUUGAAGUCUACUGACUUCUGUUGUAUUUGCAAAAAAUAAAUUUAUUAAAAAUACCUUCUUUUCUGUGUUCCAACAAAAUGUGAGUAAAUGAUGGCAGGAUUGACUUUUUUGGGUGCAUAUUUUCCCGAACAGAUCAGGCAGGGUUUUAAUUUCCAUGUGCUUAUUUCUUCAGUUAGAUAUUUCAGUGUAAAAGAUCCUUUAGAAAAUCUGUUUAGUGUACAGUUGACCUGUAAAAUUGUUAAAUUAUCUGUAAAUACAGUUUUGUAAAAAAUAAAUAAAUAAAUA